GAGUGCUUCCAAUGUCCUCCUCAUGUUGUGCUGUUUGUUUUCUUGUUGGUUGCAGGUGAGUUCCAAGUGAAUAACCGGACAGGUGUGAUCUCCACGGCUAAGCCUCUGGAUUAUGAGACUGUUACCAGCUACGUGCUCAGGGUCCAGGCUGACUCCAUGGCCGUGGUCAUGGCCCAACUGCGGGUUCCCUCCAAAAGUAAGACGGGGGUAUUUAACUGCACAUAAGGGGGCUGGGACGCUACAUCAAGUAUUCGCCUUUCUGGCUAGAUACUGUGGUUGACAUUGGUAUCGUGGUCCUAAGAGGAGUUGACACAUAAGAUGUGCCCCCCACCCACUCAAACACUUGCACACACUGUUGAUAGAGGUUAAAUGUAAAAUGGAAUGGCGAAAGACUGAGCAACAUAGUGGAGGUGAAAUCAUUUUUGGCCCACAUCAGAGAAACCAUCUUCACCUCUUCAACCGUCCUACUCCCUCUGCUCAUUCUUAGCCCUAUGCCACAUGACUUUACAAUUCUGUGCACUGCUGGAAGACAAAUGAUCUUUGACAGCUCAUACUUUUUUACCUAAACUGCAGUGCGGGGCAGGGUAGGGUUGUGCUAGUUUUGUACAUACUGUAUUUGUACUGUAUAAGAAAAACUGUGACAAAUAGAUAUGGAGCAGUGGAGGCUCCUCAGAGGAGGAAGGGGAGGAUCAUCCUCCUCAGUGAGUUUCAUAAAAAUAAAAAUUGUAAAACAUUAAAAAUAUUAUCAUUUUUAGAUAAAACUAUACUAAAGAUAUUCAUUUCACCAAAUAAUUUAUUAAAAUACACUGUUUUGCAAUGAAGGUAUACAGUAGCCUCAACAGCACUCUGUAGGGUAGCACCAUGGUGUAGCCGGAGGACAGCUAGCUUCCGUCCUCCUCUGGGUAGAUUGACUUCAAUACAAAACCUAGGAGGCUCAUGAUUCUCACCCCCUUCCAUAGACUUACACAAUAAUUAUAACAACUUCCGGAGGACGUCCUCCAACCUAACAGAGCUCUUGCAGCAUGAACUGACAUGUUGUCCACCCAAGCAAAGGAUCAGAGAAUGUAUCUAGUACUGAAAGCAUAAGCUACAGCUAGCUAGCACUGCAGUGCAUAAAAUGUGGAGAUGAAGGAGACACAAGAGAUUUUGUGAUUAUUUUUCACUUUCAGUUUCACUUACUUAGCUAGCAAAUGCAGCUAGCUAGUUUAGCCUACUCAAACACCCUGCUCAAACAGAGGGAUGCUAUGUUAGCUAGCUGGCUAUGACUAUCCAACACAACACUGGAACUCUUCAAAGUCAAGGUAAGCUUUUGGUUUUACUAAUUUAUUGCCACUGGGGCCCGCCGGUGUAACUGCUAACUGACUAUACACUGUAAACUUACUGCAUGAUUGUAGCGGGUUUACUAACGUGUUAGUUCUAUUAGCUAUGUUGACUAUGACGUUUCUUUAGCUAUUAUGGUGACAACGAUGUAGGCUGUGUGUAGCAGUUAUGAUAUGGGUUGGCUUGGAUUUUUUUUUUUUUCUUCGCUUGGUCACAUACAGCUGAUGUGUUGUGCAUUGAAGUCCACAAAUGAAGGGAAAAGGUGAGUGGAGGAGAGCUCAUAGAUGCGAGAAGGAAUACAACGUGGCUGCUAUGAAAGUGAACUGUGUUGACGCUUGACAUGGGCUGUAUUCAUUCCGCCGAUUCUGUUGAAAACCAUUUCUUAAAAGGAAGCAAACGGAACGAAAGGGGGAUAAACAUAACUGAAUUUGACCAAUAGAAACUCUCGUUUGCAACUGUUGGACUAAUGAUUAUACCCUAGAUCAGCUAAAUGCAGGCAAGAGUGUGCAAGGCGGUAUUGUCUGUCCAUGUGUCACUGUCUGUCAUCUCAACAUUUUCUCUCAACCUGUGUGCACCUACGUUGUAAUCUUUCAUUCAUAGGCUAGGUUGUAGCAACCUCAUGAGUAUCAUGUAGUAGCCUAAACCAAUCGAUGUUACAUUGCACUGGGUGAAUGGAACAUGAAUGACAGUCAUCCAAUAUGCUGUAAUAGAAAUAAGGCCAUGCUCAUGAGAAAAAAUAAAUGGUCCUCCCUCAUCUUAAACGGCACUGACCGCCACUGGUAUAGAGUGUGUUUACCUGUACUUCAAGCUCUUUUCCUUGAGGACAACAUGGCAUAUGAAUGGGAAUAGCAAAAGGAGCACAUAUUUUAUUAUUUUAUUAUGAACCUGUGUGUUGGAGUUUUAUUUUGCUAUAAAACUCCCCUUCCCAACCAACACUUAUCUCCUCUAAACUAUGGUAUGUACUGUAAAGGAUUGAACAUUAAAGUUGUGUGCACUUGCUGCCCUGUUUGUCUGGAUAAAACGAUAUGCUUCAUGACAAAAAAUGUGACUGUGUCCCUCCUCUAACUCUGCAGCCAACACAGCCAAGGUGUAUAUCGAGUUGCAGGAUGAGAACGACCACCCGCCUGUCUUCACCAAAAAGUUCUACAUCGGUGGUGUGGCUGAAGAUGCCAACACCUUCUCCUCUGUGCUGAAGAUAAUAGUGAGAAAGACCUUCUGA